AGAAGAGUACAAGAUAUAACCCUACAAUUACCUAUUUAUUAAUUGGGCGACUAAUUCAGUCUAUCUGUGCAAAUUUAUUUAUCUACUUUCGAGUUUUAAGAAUGUGACGUAUUUAGCAAAUAGUACCUAUAUAGAGCUAAAAUCAUGUCAAUAUUGCAAAUUUAUAGUAGUUAGGAGUGUUUUCAUGUACCGUAAUAGCCCUUUUUUAACAAGGUGUUCAAGCUGCUAGACUUAUUUUUGCCUUUAGCAUUAAGAAAAUAAUAUUGCCUUUCCAUUCGGAGGCAGCAUAAAAUAUUGAAGGAUAAUGAUAUAAUUGGUUAUUCAAUAAUUCUAGCUGAACAUGAAUCCAAAGUACUCUAAAAUUAUACUUAUCCUAAUUUUCAUGAUAAUAUUGUAUAAAGCAUUCAAAUCAUACAUUUUUCCUGGUAGGAAUUCUAUCGAGCAAUUGAUUGUUAUAGAUGAAUCAGGACGCGAAAUUGAGAAAGUCAAAGUCUCGGUAUAUUAUGAAGCCCUAUGUCCUGAUUCAAAGUUCUUUAUUACAUAUCAACUUGUUCCUGCAUAUGAAGAACUGAAGGAGUUCUUGAUACUAGAUUUAAUUCCGUAUGGCAAAGCCGAGACAAUUAUUAAUGAAGACGGGAAAAUUAUUUUUCGCUGCCAACAUGACCAAGUUGAAUGUUAUGCUAAUAAAAUACAUGCCUGUGUCAUUGAUGAAAUAACAAAUCCUGAGAAGCAAUUGAAAUAUAUUUCUUGUAUGAUCACUGACAAUUUAAUACCAGAUGGUGCCGGAGAAAGGUGUGGUCAGGAACAAAAUAUCGAUUUCAAGCGAAUAAACAAAUGCGCCACCGAACAAGAAGGGUCCUUAUUGUUGAAGAAACACGGCGACAGAACCAAUGGCUUGAAACCGAAAGUAAAAUUUAUUCCUACAAUAGAAUUGAAUGGCAGUCAAGGUGUUGAAACACAAGCGGCUAUUUUGAAGAAUUUGUUAAAAGUCGUAUGCAGUGUAUUCAAAAACAAACCAAUUAGAUGCGACAGGAUCUAGAACUGCGUCCUGCGAACUCUUCUAGAAUUUUUAUUUGCUUUGUGGGUAAUUUUGACUAUUAUAACUCUACCAUAGAUUAUCCUUCACAGUUUUUACCUAUUUCAUAAUGUAGACGAAUAGGUUUAAAAAUUACAAAUUAUUUUUGUAAACAUUUUUUGAGCGCUUUCUAUAAAUGCGAUUUUAACCUGUUUAUGGUUAAAUUUCACACUGAUAUGGCAAACUUGUUUUCCACUGAAGAUAUGGCCUAUUAGAAAAAUAGUGGCUUUUCUAAAUCUUAGCAGAUAUGUGACGAAUUAAAUCAAUAUACAUAGUUUCUGAUUAGGUGUAUAAAUCUAUUAGCUCUCUAUUUCAGUAAGUAAAUCAUUUACCAUGACCCUUAUCGCAAACAUUUAUUACGUUAUUUUUUGUAUAUAUUUAUAAGGAUGCUUUUCCCAUUAAGAUCCAUUGAACUGAAUAGACAUUUCAAGAUGC